AACAGCUUUAUAUGGCUCACGUCUGACAACAUGCACCACCAGUGGCUGCUGCUAGCUGCAUGCUUUUGGGUGAUAUUCAUGUUCAUGGUUGCUAGCAAGUUUAUCACACUGACUUUUAAAGACCCUGAUGGCUAUGGUGCCAAGCAGGAGCCAUUGGUACUGACAGCUGUGACAAAAGUGGAGGAGGUACACGUGCCAGAAGAAAAGCAUUGGCCCAAAGAAUUCCAGACAACUGGAAAGGCUUUUUCUGGAAAUCCGAUCCACCAGCCCCUGGUUCAUAUGGAAAGACUUGAGCUUCUCAGGAAUGUCUGCAGAGACACUGCAUUGAGAAAUCUCUCUCACACUGCAGUUUCCAAAUUCGUCUUGGACCGAAUAUUUGUGUGUGACAAGCACAAGAUCCUGUUUUGUCAGACGCCAAAAGUGGGCAACACUCAGUGGAAAAAAGUCUUGAUCGUUUUAAAUGGAGCAUUUUCCUCCAUAGAAGAGAUCCCAGAAAAUAUUGUACAUGAUCAUGAGAAAAAUGGGCUUCCACGCUUGUCCUCCUUCAGUGACUCUGAAAUUAAAAAGCGACUGAAUUUAUACUUCAAGUUUUUUAUUGUUAGAGACCCGUUUGAAAGACUCAUUUCUGCAUUUAAGGACAAGUUUGUGCACAAUCCUCGAUUUGAACCUUGGUACCGGCACGAGAUUGCUCCCGGCAUAAUUCGUAAAUACAGAAAGAAUCGCACGGAGACCAAAGGGCUGCAGUUUGAGGAUUUUGUGCGCUAUCUGGGUGACCCCAAUCACCGAUGGCUGGAUGUUCAGUUUGGUGACCACAUCAUUCAUUGGGUCACGUAUGUGGAACUUUGCGCCCCCUGUGAAAUCACCUAUAGCGUGAUCGGGCACCACGAAACCCUGGAGGAGGAUGCUCCAUUUAUCUUGAAAGCAGCCGGCAUAGACCAUCUGGUAUCAUACCCCACGAUUCCACCAGGCAUAACGGUGUACAACAAAACGAAAGUAGAGCGGUAUUUUUCAGGCAUUAGCAAGAGAGACAUAAGACGCCUCUAUGCGCGGUUUGAAGGCGAUUUUAAACUCUUUGGUUAUCGGGAGCCAGAUUUCUUGCUUAAAUGACACCUCUAGGGUAAGCUCUGAAGAAGUGUCUCAUGGAUUAAUCGAAACCUGCGUGAAUACCAGCUGCAACACCAACAGAGCUGAGAACAACCGUUUAUUUUCUAGCUUUUUGAUGUCACUCCAUUUUUCAGUGAAAUAUUCGUCACAUGAACAAGUAGGGGCUUAUAGUUGUUGUUGACUGAACAUGUUUUCAAUAUCUGACAUGGCAAUCUGUUAGGAAUGAAGUCUCUGUUAUCUGUAAUACAGAAUUCCACUUCUCCCCUCUUCCCUCCAGGAAAAAGGAGAACGAAUGGGCUGUGAUCUUGCCCUUCUCCCAGAGAGAAUGCCUUUUUUUAAAUCUAUUGAACUAUUUAUAAAGAUGGCGAUUUCACUGUAGGUUGACUCUGACACGUGCGUGAACUUGGUGAUUCAUGCUUAUGAGAAAGGCAUGUAUUCUCCCAUGAGCUUUGAAAAUGAGAGGGCAGGACAGGACUAAAAAUUGAUUAAAUGCUUGACAAAUAAAAUCAUCUAGAUCUGUCAUGUGGCCGCUAUAACAACGGUAAUGCUGAUCUAAUCCCAUUCUUGUUUGUCACAAAAUGAACCUAAUUAGACAGAUGCUUUAGAGGUGUUAAAAAAGGGACUGGUUCCAGAGCCCAGUUGUCUUUGUAUUUUUGUCAAGUGUUUACUGUACUUACUACUGAUCUAUUGAGCCUCAUAAUUCUACUUUUGAUUUUCAAGGUAUUAUUUAACUCCUGGCUAUGCAAGUUAUUUGAGAGCACGAGAUGCAAAUAUGGAGCAUAGAAAUAUGAAACUGCUAGGGAAACUUUAAGGAAAAUUAAAUUAAAAUAAAGUAUUAGUUGUAUUACCGGGAGCACAUUUAGAAAUCACACGAUGCUCUCACACAACUUAACUUGUUUUGUCUUCUAACAGUUAAUAAAGAAGCCA